ACGAACAAAUGCACGUAAGCAUGCUCUGGAAGUGGAAAGAGAAAGAGCAGCCAAAGUUGCAAGCCUGCCACCUCCUCCUCCACAUCCUCUUGAGAAUUUUGAUGUGAAAAAAACUGCUGCAAUGAAACCCUAUAGUGCUGACAACUUUUCUGUUACACGUCAUCAUAUUCCCAAACCUUACGUGGAUGGAGAAGUGGAUGGAGAGCAGCUAGAUGCUCGAGUAGCUGCUGAAGAAGAAGGGAAACGCUUGGAGGAACUACACAGAGAGGCAGAGAGGGAGAGAAGAGAGCAGCUUGAAAAGGCACAUCUCAGAGGAAGUCAGGCCUUGAAGAAGGUCCAUUUGGCUCAGGACAGGGAGAGGCUCCUGAGAGAACUCGAGCACAUGCAGAACGCGGAUCGGAUGCGCAGGCGACAGGUUGUAGCACAGGUGCCACCCCAGCUUUUUGUGCCUGCCUACAAACGCCUGGAAAUGAAGGAGGCAUGGCAGAGAGAACUGGAGUUUGCAUUUGAAGAUAUGUACAGUGAAGACAGGGAAAUAAAAGGAGACCUGGUUUUGCAGUUUGAGCCACAACCCUUACCAGCCCCUUCUGACAGAUCUCAAGAUAAUGAUCUCGAUAUCUCUUUGGAGCAAGAAUCUGCUUGUGACACUCAGCCAGAAUCUGUUUGUGAUAGUCGGCAAGAAUUGGGAGAGAUGACAGAGGAGGAGGUCCCCAGCAAAUCAGAAAAUCAUGAAGAAGCAAAAACUCACCAACCCCAGUCGAAACUUGCCUUAAAGAAAUUACUGAACAAAAUUAGAAGCCAAAAAGAGGAGUGGACAUCAAAAAGUGAGAGAGAGAUUCAAAGUGAAAUUGAGACUAUUGAAUCGGGCACAAUUGCUGGUGAAGAGAGACAGUUGUGUAGUUUAGAACAUGACAGUGAGCAACAGAAGACUACCAUAUGUGAAGCCAAAGACUCUGUGAAAACCUUGGAAAAUACAGUUGCAGCUGAAAAUUCAGUUCUGAUCCAUCCUCAAGAACAAGCAGCUAAAGUCAGAAGGGAAGAGGAGAGACAAAAGUGGUAUGAGCAAAUAGAGCAACAGAAACAAGAACAGCUGGCCUUGCUUAAACAACUUGAAGACGAGAGAGCACGUUUGGAAGCUGAUUUUCUGAAGAUCCAAAUUCAAACCUGUUUGGAGGAGGCUAAGGAAAAAAAAGAGGAGAAAGAGCAAGGUCAGCUGGUAGAAAGCCACAGUGUUCCUUCUACAGAUCAGCAGAACAAAGUGGAACAUGAGGCUGGAAAUAGUACUCUGCCAGAAGCCAGGAGUCCUAGAGAGGACAGCCAUUUACAGGUGAUUCGUGAUUAUCAACAACGCCUUUUACAGCAAAACAGGCUGCAUAAACAGACCAUUGAAGAAGCUAGAAAGCAUCUACAGGAGUAUCAGAAUAAACUGAGGCAACGAUACAUAUCUGCUUCUGCAACACCUCUGAGUUCUGUGGAAGCAAAAUCAUUUAAUUUAAAGCCUGCCUCAGAGCCAUCUCUGCAGAGGCAGGGAGUGCUCCCAGCGCCGUGCCAGCCGUGUGGGCGAGGCCAGGCACAGGAGCACGCACGGCCGCUACCCGGGCUCGCAGGAGCGCUGCGUGUGCUGGCAGAGCCAUCUUCACAGAAAUGUGAAGAGCAAAUUCAUAGUGCUUCUCCUGGCAGGCACACGCAGUUUGUAGAAGCAUCGAAGUUGAAGCAUGGAGAGUUUCACUUGCCGUAUAGCUGUCCGUCACAGGGACAAGUGGGAAUGUUGGAAAGCUCCAAUAAUGAUGUCAGAGCACCAUCUCAGUUCCAGUUACCAUCACAGUUCGUCAUGAGGGAGGCCACUGCAGUAAGGAAGCGACCAGAAGCACGCGUACAACGUGUUAGGUUUGUUUUGCCUACAGAAGAUUCCUCAGAGCUGUCAGAACCAGUGCACUUUAAAGAGUCAUCUCAGAAGAUGCCUAACCAUCAAACAGAGUCAGAAGGUGCAGAGGAGCCUGCACUGAAGACGCCCGUCUUGCCAGCAACAAAGGAAUCUCAUAUAGCUCAGGCAGCCUCAGUCAAUAUUUUGGCACAUCAUCAGGGAUCUGCCGAAAGCACCAUCAAAACAAGCCUUGAACAACCCCUCAAUCUUCCUGAACCUAUGACUUUAUCUCAGGAAGAAUCUAAAGCCCAUGAUGUGGAGCAAUUCCUGAUACCAAAACUAGGAGAUGUGUCUUUGUUAAAUUAUUCUGAUAUACUGAAUUUAAGGGAUAGAGUGUUGGCCUCGUCAGAAAGCAUCCAAGCUCAGCAAAAGUAUUUGAAAGAAUUGCAAGAGCAGCUAGAUGCACAAAGAGAAGCUCUUCUUGCUAGGCAGAAAAUACAAGAACAACUACUAUUACAGAAGCAAGAUAAAUUGAAAGAACAGAUGCAGAGACAGCAAGAGGCUUUGAAAGAAUUUCUGAGCAGGCAGGUGAAACAUAUCUGCACCAAUGAGGAUGUGACAGAGGCACAACAGCCUGACUGGAUUAGUAGGACUGACUUUUUCCAAGUCUCAGAAAACUACCAGCAAGAGAAUUGUGGCAGGAGUAAAUUUCAUGGAAGUGAGAUGAUUUCACAGUGCCUUGGUCCAGCUGAGCAAACUGAACAGUCUGAGAGAGUUUUAUGUAGAGAACAGAAAAGGAAAUCUGCCAAGCCACCUGUGACAAAAGUCAAGUUGGGGCUUGAUUUGGAACAACAUGAACUUAGUGUUAUACCAGAGGCAGAUACACCGAAGAGUUGCAGCAUUUCUUUUGCAGAUAGAACGGCUUCUGUUGGUGGAGAGUCUUCUCCCAUUUCACACAUGGGAGAGUCUGCGUAUGGGAAGCAUUACAGCCAUGCUCUCCACGGAGAAGGCAGCUUACCUCUGAGCACAACAAACUACAAGGAGCCAAUCUGUCAUGGAAGUCCAAGGCAAAGGAAGCAGCCAAGUAGAUUAUUACAAGAGGUGCUGAUGAUGACUGCUGAAAAUUCAAAUGAUUCAGCUGGGUCCCAGGAUUCUCAGGUGGCUCGAGGUUCACCAGUUGUUGCUGCUGACGUUGGAGAGGGAGGUACAACACAUCCUGGACCAUUGUUCAGGCUCGAUAAUAUGGCAGUACUUUCUAAAGCAGUACACACAAACGUAGGUGCAGGGGCUUUCAUGCAAGGAAUACCCCUUGACUCAUCUCCAACAAUUUCCACGGGAAGCCUAUUGACUAGUGAAACGUUGGAUGUAAGCCCUGUUGACACUGGACUGUCUUCUGACAGUACAGAAGAUCAGAUUUUGAGAGAAAGAGCAAGCCGUGCUUGGAACUCCCCCCUGCCUUUUGCCUUGCAGCCGAGGCAAGAGAAUUUAUCUGGUGCAUUUGAAAUUCAGCUGCCUGAAGGGCAGAUGUGCCUUCCUAAAAGAAGUCAGGUGCAGCAGAUCUUGAGGAAAUGUACUGAAGACUCGAGCUCUUACUCGGAGGACAACACACCUUUCCAAGCUCUAGAAGCUGAAUUUGAUUUUCCUGAAGUGGAGAGACAUUUUCCGAACAUCCAUCACCAGUUCUUUCAACCUUUGGAGCCAAGUCUUGACUCUGAUACUUCAUCAUCCUGUUCUCAAUACAGAAUUUCACAGGACAGUGAAGAACUUACCAAGACUUCAAAAUUGUCAAUGAAGAGUCAAGACAUUCCUAUGUUUCUAGAAGUAGGAACCUCCAGUUUGAAUAUGCAGAGCAGCACUCUGCCUUCCAGUCCAGGAACAACCCAACCACACGACGUGAUGUCAGAAGACCCUGCUAAAGAAACUGUUACUGCAGGAUCUGAAGAAUCUUUUCACUCACUGCAAUUCGAAUCUACUCGGAGCAAUCACUGCCAGAGUGCUGCACCACCAGUGGACCUCAGUGCUCCGUUACAGAGAUCUUUUGACCAAACUGGCAGCAAAAAAUGGGGCAAUGAGAAUUGUAAUUCAUCUGCCAGAGAAUACGAAGAACUGGCAAGAAAUGUGGAAUGUAUUAAUCUCCAGUGUUCGGUGGAAGAGCAGCGAAAUGAAAGUCUGAAUUCACUGGAAAAGCAAAAGUCAUUUUAUCAGCUAAAUAACACACCAGUUACCGUGGAUGAAACUUUCCCUCAUUACUUACUGAAAGAGACCGUGUCUUAUGAAAAAUUACCUGUGGAAGCAUUUGAUAAGAAGUAUGUGAAGCUUCCUGAAAAAUCAGUUCAUGUACAUAAAGCAAAUAAAGCUGCAGAGCUGGAUUCUCAGUGCAAUACAAAUAUAAAGGAGUCAGACCAGAGCUUCCCAGGACUACAAAAAUCUUUGAGGAAUCCCAGAGAAACCGUCUUGGAAGACUCAGACAUCCAUUUACAGGCUGUCGUACAACAGAAUGGUUCUUCCCUGGAAAGACGUGAAGAACGUUCUAAUUCUGUGCCCAGAAGCUCAUGUCGUAUUCCAGUCUGGGAGACUGAGUCAGGGCGUGGUAUUAUGGAAGAACCUGAACUCACCCUGAUAAGCUCAAAUGAUGUCAGUAUUGCAGAAUCAGACAGUGGACGUGCUAACCAAGAGAAAAUUAAGGAGAAUAAAAUCAAUACCCCAGCAUGUGUGGAUGAGUCUGCAUCUGAUGUUUUUACUGAGGAGAGAGAGUUUUUACCACUGGCUCCAGAUCCAGAUUGCUCCGUGUGUGUCAGGCCUGACAGUUCUUCCACAGGCCAGAGCCCCAGUGACAGUCACUUGUCAUCACGUCGGACUGCAG